UAUGUAUGGUCCUGACGCAUGCUCGGUUAAAUAUCCACAGGAUCUACUUUAAAUCACUCAGAAGACAACGCUCCAUCGAAGGGCUGAGGACAUCCACGCUCCUCUUCCAUUUCUUAAAUUAGCCCUACAAAGCUUCGCGAUACCGCCCCCAAUUUCAGUGUCGGUACGGAGCCGCCAGGCCGGGACAGAGACGGAGAGAGAGCCCUCGGCCAUGGAAGCGCUCGGACCCGGCCCGCCUGCCCCUACCUCCCUCUUCCAGCCUCCGCGGCGGCCCGGCCUGGGCACCGUGGGGAAGCCCAUUCGGCUGCUGGCCAACCACUUCCAGGUGCAGAUCCCCAAGAUCGACGUCUACCACUAUGACAUCGACAUCAAGCCUGAGAAGAGGCCACGCAGGGUCAACAGAGAGGUGGUUGACACCAUGGUCCGGCACUUUAAGAUGCAAAUCUUUGGGGACCGGCAGCCUGGAUACGAUGGCAAGAGGAACAUGUACACCGCCCAUCCACUGCCCAUCGGACGGGACCGGGUGGAUCUGGAGGUGACGUUGCCGGGCGAGGGGAAGGACCAGACCUUCAAGGUGUCAAUCCAGUGGGUGUCUGUGGUGAGCCUGCAGAUGCUGCUGGAAGCCCUCUCCGGCCACCUCAACGAGGUCCCCGAGGACUCCGUACAGGCCCUGGACGUCAUCACGCGACACCUGCCCUCCAUGAGAUACACCCCAGUAGGCCGUUCCUUCUUCUCCCCGCCGGAGGGUUACUACCACCCCCUGGGGGGCGGGAGGGAGGUGUGGUUCGGCUUCCACCAGUCCGUCCGGCCCGCCAUGUGGAACAUGAUGCUCAACAUCGACGUCUCUGCCACUGCCUUCUACCGAGCCCAGCCAGUCAUCGAGUUCAUGUGUGAAGUGUUGGACAUCCAGAACAUCAAUGAACAGACCAAACCCCUCACAGACUCGCAGCGCGUCAAGUUUACUAAGGAGAUUCGAGGGUUGAAAGUGGAGGUCACUCACUGUGGUCAGAUGAAGAGGAAGUACAGAGUGUGCAAUGUCACCCGCCGCCCGGCCAGCCAUCAGACGUUCCCUCUCCAGUUGGAGAACGGCCAGGCCAUGGAGUGCACCGUGGCCCAGUACUUCAAGCAGAAGUACAGCCUGCAGCUCAAGUACCCCCACCUGCCCUGCCUACAGGUGGGACAGGAACAGAAGCACACCUACCUGCCCCUGGAGGUUUGUAACAUAGUAGCAGGCCAGCGCUGCAUUAAGAAGUUGACAGACAACCAGACGUCCACCAUGAUCAAAGCCACCGCCCGCUCCGCCCCCGACAGACAGGAGGAGAUCAGCAGGCUGGUCAAAAGCAACAGCAUGGUGGGUGGGCCGGACCCCUACCUGAAGGAGUUUGGCAUCGUGGUGCACAACGACAUGACGGAGGUGACGGGUCGCGUGCUCCCUGCGCCCAUGCUGCAGUAUGGGGGCCGGGUGAGUAGUGACACGGGCAGGGACUGUGGCAGGGGACUCUCUCCCCAGAACAAGACGGUGGCCACGCCCAACCAGGGCGUCUGGGACAUGAGGGGCAAGCAGUUCUACGCCGGCAUCGAGAUCAAGGUCUGGGCCGUCGCCUGCUUCGCCCCUCAGAAGCAGUGCCGAGAGGACCUGCUCAAGAGUUUCACAGACCAGCUGCGUAAGAUCUCCAAGGACGCGGGCAUGCCCAUCCAGGGCCAGCCGUGCUUCUGCAAGUAUGCCCAGGGAGCGGACAGUGUGGAGCCCAUGUUCAAGCACCUCAAGAUGUCCUACGUGGGCCUGCAGCUCAUCGUCGUCAUCCUGCCCGGAAAGACGCCCGUCUACGCGGAGGUGAAGCGCGUGGGCGACACGCUGCUGGGCAUGGCCACCCAGUGCGUCCAGGUGAAGAACGUGGUCAAGACGUCUCCUCAGACCCUCUCCAACCUCUGCCUCAAGAUCAACGCCAAGCUGGGGGGCAUCAACAACGUCCUGGUGCCACACCAACGCCCCUCUGUGUUCCAGCAGCCGGUCAUCUUCCUGGGUGCGGACGUGACCCACCCCCCUGCGGGCGAUGGCAAGAAGCCGUCCAUCGCGGCGGUGGUGGGCAGCAUGGACGGCCACCCCAGUCGCUACUGCGCCACCGUGCGCGUGCAGACCUCGCGACAGGACCUGUCCCAGGAGCAGCUCUUCAGCCAGGAGAACUCGCGUCAGCAGGAACAAGCAAAUCAGGAACAGCUCUUCAACCAGGAGGUCAUCCAGGACCUGACUAACAUGGUGCGGGAGCUGCUCAUCCAGUUCUACAAGUCCACGCGCUUCAAGCCCACGCGCAUCAUCUACUACCGCGGAGGAGUGUCCGAGGGACAGAUGAAGCAGGUGGCGUGGCCGGAGCUGAUUGCCAUCAGGAAAGCGUGCAUCAGCCUGGAGGAGGACUACCGGCCCGGCAUCACCUACAUCGUGGUCCAGAAGAGACACCACACCCGCCUCUUCUGCUCCGACAAGGCCGAGAGGGUGGGGAAGAGUGGCAACGUCCCAGCAGGCACCACGGUGGACAGCACCAUCACGCACCCCUCCGAGUUCGACUUCUACCUGUGCAGCCACGCCGGCAUUCAGGGCACGAGUCGUCCUUCCCACUACCACGUGCUGUGGGACGACAACUGCUUCACGGCGGACGAGCUUCAGCUGCUCACCUAUCAGCUGUGCCACACCUACGUGCGCUGCACGCGCUCCGUCUCCAUCCCCGCCCCCGCCUACUACGCCCGCCUCGUGGCCUUCCGCGCCCGAUACCACCUGGUGGACAAGGACCACGACAGUGCGGAGGGUAGCCACGUGUCGGGCCAGAGUAACGGUCGAGAUCCGCAGGCAUUGGCCAAGGCGGUCCAGAUUCACUAUGACACCCAGCACACCAUGUACUUCGCCUAACCAACACACCCCAACCAGCAAAGAGACAAGAGACCUUCCCUUUCUCUCUCUCUCUCUCUUUCGCUCUCUCUCUUUCGCUCUCUCUCUCUCUCUCUCUCUCUCUCUCUCUCUCUCUCUCUCUCUCUCUCUCUCUCUCUCUCUCUCUUUAACACAAAACAAAUCUAUUUCGUUCAUCUACUUUUCUUUACUUUUUGUUUCUUUUUUGUUUUCGAUCAUUUAUAAUUCUGUCUCUCGCUCUCUCUCUGUCUCCUAUUCUCUGUCUCUACGUGUGUGCGCGUGUGGCUUUUUUCUCUGCGACGGAGAUGUUCUGUAAAGCCAGAGUUGCGGGGAUGGUCGUCUGUCCAAGUCCAGCAGACACCUCCCCCCGCCCCUCCCCCCCAAUGACAGAACCUCCGUCUUGUACCAGCAAUCCAGCACUGAGAGGCUUUUGGGUUUUUGAAAUUGCACACAGAAAAACAAAAUCGGAAAAAGACACAAAAAAAAAAUCCCACACAUGCACGCUCGAAAAACCCAAGUGGAGCCAUUUUUUUUCCCCUACAUUUUGAAUGUUGAAAUGUAUUGUCAAUCAUUUAUUUUUGUGGUUCUUUUAUGGUUUUAAUUUUCAUUUUCAUUUUGUAAAGAAUUCACUGAGCGCAAGUGGCACCUGCCCCGCUGCCCAGCGGGUGGCAGGUGAAGCUUUGGGCUCUCUCAGCUAAGCAGGACUCUCUUCACUCUUACCUCAAGCCCCACGGGGCAACAGAAAUGUCACAAAAUGUCUAUUGGGCAGCAAGCGGGCGGGCGGGUGAGGGGAGGGUGGGUUAGUUAUACGGUGGGGCAUUUUAAACUUUCAAAGGUGAUGACAAUGAUUUCUUUUCCUUCUUAUUAUCUCUAUCUAGCUCUCUCUCUCUCUCUCUCUCUCUCUCUCUCUCUCUCUCUCUCUCUCUCUCUCUCUCUCUCUCUCUCUCUUACUCUUUGUUCGUUCCUUUUUACAACUGUGUUUUAACUUUUUUCUCCUCUACAAAAUCUUUUACAAGCGAGGUGACCUGGGUAGCUCAUUGCCCAUUGCUACUACUCCUACUAUCUCCUGUUCAGCGAAAACUAGCUGCAAGUGCUGGUGUGCGUGUGUGUGUCUGUGUGUCUGUACGUGUGUGUGUCUGUGGGUCUGUGGGUCUGUGUGCAUGUGUGUGUGUGCAUGAAGACGUGUGCGUUUCAUGGCAGGCCACUGAAUUGUAAAGGGAAACCAAGGAGAUAACUGCUGUACAUGCCUCAGUUGUUGUUUUUAUAUUUACACACGCAUAUAUAAAUAUAUAUGAAUAGUAACGUCUAUAUAAACGUCUUUUCGGUAGAUUUUACUGACUUGCAUAAGCUGUCGGUGGUUUUGUAGCAGGCUCAAGUAUUGUGUUCCUUUAGAAAAAAAAAAUGAAAAAAAUUAAAAAGGCGUGUGUGUGGCAGGCUUCGAACAGGCAUUCUGGAAGUCACACUCGUUGCCGCGGCGACGUGAUGUCCAGGGUGACGACCGUGUGCUGUCGUUUUGGGUUUUUUUAACACAGCAACGAGGUUGAGGUAUGAGGAAAUGGGCAGACGUUGUUGCAUUUUGACAUUUUCAGGUGAAUUGCAACCGCUAGUCUGGUCAGCUAAGCGCUAAGACCCUUUUGGUCUUCCUGGUUUGAAGGUUUUGUCUUGUUGUCGACGUGGCAGGGCAAGGCAAGCAGUGGGCACUCACAAUCUAUCUCUCUUAUUUUCCACCCCUCACACCUUUUAUGCAUUUAUGAAUUCAGAUCAGAUUUGUAAGAGUUUAAUAUAAAUAAGAGACUUUUUGUGACUUAUCUUAACUGUUCUUAGAGUUAGAAAAUGCAUCGUUGUUGCUCUUGUUAACUGUUGUUGUUUAUUAUAAAUGAUCGUGAUGGUGAUGAGUUUGGGAGAGGAGAGCAACGCAACGAUGUUGGAGAUUGGAGGCUUGUUGAGUUGAAGACGCUUGCGGUGCUCUCGGCAGAGUUGAUUUAUUUAUAGUUGUGUGCAGGUCUGUUUGUGGGACGUGCGUGCAUGAGUAGUGUUGUUGGAUAGCGGGGUGGGCCAGGGGAGUAUACUAAGAACAUGGGUUAAGUGAUGAACCAGACUUCGUUAACCUACAGUAAGUGGUAAACUUACUAAUAGAUAUACCAGCAGGUGUCAUUUAGUUAAGAAGGCUCCAGGCUCUUCUAUUAGAUGAUUUACAUCAACCACAAGGUUAACUUAACCUGGGGCCUAUACUGAGGAGCUGGUUCAGGAGUAAACUAGGCGAAGUCAAGAGGUAAAUCAUCUAAUAGAAGAGCCUGGAGUCACCAUUGAGGCUCUUCUAUUAGAUGGUUUGCCUCUUAACUCCUGAACCAGCUUCUUAUACCUCUCUGGUUUACUCCUGAACCAGCUUCUUAGUAUCCCGCCCGGGCGUUUUGGAGAGAGGGAUUUGGGUUCGAGAGCUUGCUCUCCUUUCAGCUUCUGAUGGCUGUUCUUUUAACUCUGUAGAUGGAGUCGGUUUGUACGUUAGACUUUGACUAAGCUUUGACUAUUUAGACUUUUCUUGUUUUUGUUUUUAUUAUUAUUAUUAUUAUUACUAUUAUUUAGUUAACCUUUAUCCUCACAUCGACUUCUCGUCCUAAAGAGUGGACACGUGGUCGUUCAAUUGCACUGUUUCAGGAUCUUGCCAACUGGUUUCGCAGAGGCAUUUCUCUUCUCCUUCUCUUUUUCUUUUCUUUUUUUUGGUUCUUUGUUGUUUUUAGGUUGCAGAUCAUUUGCUUGUAUGUUUUAUUAAAUGGUUGAAUCAUUAUGUUUGGCAGAGUGCAACUUUUCAAAAAGUGACAAUCAUCAGAGUUUAAAGGAGAUGAAAUAAAAACUAGCAGAAGCUGACGAGCAAGAAACGAAGGAAGCAGCAGACAGUGGUUUUUCAGUUUUUACACUUAACAAAAAAAACAAAAAACAAAAACAGUUUCUAUCCUUAUCGUGUGUAUUUGACCAUGUGUAUCUAUAUCUAUUGCUAAGUCUGUACUUCUAAAUGUUGGUGUUCCCUUUUUUGAUUUAUUUGUGUAAAAACGUGGAGAAAACGUUGAAAAAUAAGCCGAUUUUUAAUGCCAGCCAUUGGUUCAUUCAGUCUUCAUAAGCACUGCCCCUCACUGAUUGGAUGAUUAACUUGCCAGAAAGGGAGGAGUCCCUUAAUGGGCUCUGCUUAUUGGCUUGUUGGUUUUCGCGUAGAGGUGUCCAUUUGUACGUGUGUGGGGUGGGGUUGUGGGUAGGGCCUGAUGCCUAUGGGUGUGGUCAGUGUACGGGGUGGGGUAUGAUGAACUAGUGGGUGUGGUCUGUGUACUGUGUUGUGGGAGGGUCUAGUGGGCGUAGGUGUGGUCAUUGUAAGGGGACGGCGGGGGGGCGGGGGGCUCCACGCCCCCGGCAGGGAGGGCGGCGUUCGGCAGAAACCCUUUUGUAAUAAACCACCGGUUAAAGCAGCAGGUUUGCUAUGAAUGAGUUUGAGCGCCGCACCUCCGGGGGGGCGUAGAGAACCCCGACCCGGACCAAGAUGGCGGGGUGGGGGAUAGAGGGAAGUAGAGAUGGAGAGGAGGGUGGGCAACUUGGAUUCAUCAGUUGGUACAAUCGUGAUGAAGCAGUGCUGCUUUUGCUAGGCAGCGAGCAUGCACACUUUCUAACCAGAAUGCAUCAAACUGGCAAAGUGUGCAUGCCCACUGCCUAGCAAAAGCAGCACUGCUUCAUCACGAUCAUGCCCAGUGCCACUUAUUCCAAGUGAGCAGGUUUUACCUGUCCAAUUGAAAAAGGCCAAUGCCAGGUGGUGUGCUUACCUGUUUGAGUUGGACAGGUAAAACCAGGUAGCUUGGAAUAUGUGACGCUGGAGUGAAUGUAGUGUUACCUGGCUGCUCAUUACUACAUUAGGCAUUUCAUGGCCCAAGGCCUCCUCUUCUCGAAAACCACACAACCUCUCCCAAUGCUGGCUCCACCAUUUCCUCACAAAAUACACCUCAAUUUCCUAUCAGGUGUUGUCUUUUUUUUUCCACUUUCAAACUCAUCACUGCAGAAGCAAUAUAAACCCGACCUAAUGUUUCUUGAUAUUGCUUUUUGUUUUCUCUUUUCAAAAAAGGCUGUAACUGCUUGUUCUGUAUGUUGCCAUGACUGUUGGUUUGAUCCCUUACGAUGUGCGUAUUUCUUGUGCUAGUUUUUUAAUUUUGACUUCUUUUCUAUCUUUCCUCAUGUGUUGCUCGUCUCAAUCAGUGGACAAAAAUGUGCUUUUUUGAUGGAUUAGAUCUUUAGGCUUCGUUAAAUCGUUUAAACGACAAAAAAAACCUUUUUAGACCUUGCUCGCUUGCAUGCCAGAGUUAUUUGUCCUUUAUGAUAAAAAUCAAGAAGAGUAAACUCUUAUUAGAGAUUAUUUAUUAUGACAAACAGAAAGAUCUUAUAAAAGUUUCUCUUUUUUUAAAGACAAUAAAAACAAUAAAAAGUAUGUCAAAGUA